UCUAUACAGUUAAAUCAUCUAUAAAUGGGUCAAGUCUGCAUAGCUAUGUUAAAUUACCAGAGGGCAAGCUUGAUAUCGGUGGCUGAGGGGCUCAACCACCAGCCGUGGCCAUAUUUUCGAGGCAAGCAUGCACCGCAUGCGGCGCCGUUGCCGACAGGCACAGCAGAUGACAGGUCGAUUUGCCGCCACUUCCUGGAAAAGAAGUGUACCUUUGGCGACCUCUGUCGCUUCAGCCAUGAAGUGACUGCUUUGACCGCUCCACCAGGUUCCAAGCAUGAAGAUGACAGGUCCAUUUGCCGGCAUUUCCUGGAGGGCAAAUGCAACUACGGCGAUCUGUGUCGCUUCGGCCAUGAAGUGCAUGAAUUGCUGGCCCCCGUCCCCGUCCAGGCUGUCUCACAAGACUCCACGAUGAGAGGAGAUGACAGGUCCAUUUGCCGGCAUUUCCUGGCGGGCAAAUGCAACUGCGGCGAUCUGUGCCGCUUCAGCCAUGAAGUGCAUGAAUUGCUGGCCCCCGUCCCCGUCCAGGCUGUCUCACAAGACUCCACGAUGAGAGGAGAUGGCAGGUCCAUUUGCCGGCAUUUCCUGGAGGGCAAAUGCAACUACGGCGAUCUGUGCCGCUUCAGCCAUGAAGUGCAUGAAUUGCUGGCCCCCGUCCCCGUCCAGGCUGUCUCACAAGACUCCACGAUGAGAGGAGAUGACAGGUCCAUUUGCCGGCAUUUCCUGGAGGGGAAGUGCAACUACGGCGAUCAGUGCCGCUUCAGCCAUGGUCAAGAAUCUUCAUUACUUGCAGGCCCCAUGACUGUGGAUGACAGGUCCUUUCCUUGCCGGCAUCAGACUGUCCCACAAGGCGCACCUUCAAAUCUGGAUGACAGGCCGCAAUGUCGCCACUUCCUGGAGGGCCGUUGCACCUACGGUGACAUGUGUCGCUUCCGACAUGGAGGUGAGAGUUGUGCGGCGCCUGCGUUGCCUGCGGCCUUUGCCGCACAACACCGUGCUGCGCCUGCGCCCAUGCGGCCGCAGCCGAUGGAUGAUAGGCCGAUUUGCCGGCAUUUCCUGGAGAGCAAAUGCACCUAUGGAGACCAUUGCCGCUUCUCCCAUAGUAAGGGAUGCUCAGCUUAGAGAUGUCUGUUGUGGGGCUUGGUUCAUCAAUAAAUUUUGAAAGAAGAACUGGAUGGCUAUAGCGAGCCGUCUCCGAUGAAAUCAGCCAGGGCUCAGCCUUUUUGACGCCCUCCAAAAAUCGGGGAGUCGCGAUUCGAGUCGAUUCAUGUCUUGCAGCUUCGAGUCGCAGGUAGAGAAUUUGGGAUCAAGACUAAAAACAGAAUCCGUGUACAACUGUGUGCAUUUGAAAUGAAC